UCUCUCUGAACCUCAUUUCUUACUUCCAUCCUCAGGAAGUCCACCAUUCCCUCACGUUUCCAUCGGUGACUUCUAUGGUUUUCUACACUGGCACCUUCGUCUACGGCUUCCUGCUCACCGCCGGAAGCUACUCAGUACAACUUCCGUGCCAAACGAGCAAAGCGAGAAACCAAGGUGCUUUAGUGCUCUGAUGGUGCUGUCAUGUGACAAAUGUGAUGUCCUUUCAUGCAAGGGAGGACAAUAGGUACAACCACUGUGGUUGCAGGCAAGGAAAGUUCCAGGCUGGUCCUGUGUUGUCGUCAAGAACAAGCAUGGAGCACAAUAGCAUAGACUGCAAUGAAGAAGAAAGUGAAAAUUCCAGUGAGAACAGUUUCAACGAAGUGGCAAAUGUUGCUCUUGCGGUAGGAUAUGCAAUGUCCGGGCUGUUAGCACCGCCGCAGCUACCAUUAGUAUACCAACCUGUGUACCUUCAGCUGGACCUCAAUGGACAACAGUGGGUAGAAAAUGUUUUGGCAGAUGCUAGCAGAUGUUCAUACAAAAGAAGCUUUAGGCAUGUUCCUUUGGGCUGUGGGGACUAG